CGGCAAUGUCUUGAGUUCAACGAAAGUGUAUCUUAAAAAUAUUCCAAGUAUUUAAUGGUUCUUUAGCGUCUCUGUAAGUGAGUGGACUUCAUUCGCAUCUAUCGCAGGCCCAGCUGAAGAAGACUUAGCGCGGCGUGUCGAAUCUGCAGCUGCGGAACGCUCAAAGGGAGUACUGGUGUAGAAUCUACUAAUGUAGAAUCUGCCGCCACGGGGAGGCAGGCAGGUUUGGUAGGUCGGCAAGUGUGUCUGGAGAAGCCGGGGCUGCGGCGGCCAUGGCGGCAGCUAGCCCGGCACCCAGCCCCCGCGGCUCGGCGGCCGAAGCGGCCGCCGAAGCUCCGUUGCAGUACAGCUUGCUCCUGCAGCACCUGGUGGGGGACAAGCGGCAGCCGAGGCUCCUGGAGCCUGGCGCCCUGGGCGGGAUCCCGAGCCCGGUCAAGAGCGAGGAGCAAAAGAUGAUCGAGAAGGCCAUGGAGAGCUGCGCCUUCAAGGCUGCCCUGGCCUGCGUUGGGGGAUUUGUAUUGGGAGGAGCAUUUGGGGUCUUCACAGCCGGCAUUGACACCAAUGUGGGCUUUGACCCAAAGGAUCCAUAUCGAACACCAACUGCCAGGGAAGUUCUUAAAGAUAUGGGCCAGAGAGGACUAUCCUAUGCCAAAAACUUCGCCAUUGUGGGGGCCAUAUUUUCCUGUACUGAGUGUCUGGUAGAAUCCUAUCGGGGGAAAUCUGACUGGAAAAACAGCGUCAUCAGUGGCUGCAUCACUGGAGGGGCCAUUGGCUUCCGAGCUGGCCUGAAGGCUGGGGCCAUCGGCUGUGGAGGUUUUGCUGCUUUCUCUGCUGCGAUUGAUUACUACCUACGAUGAGGGGGGCUUGUUGGGUGAGGAGCCCGCCAGCCCAUCACCUGGAUCGUGCAGUGCGGAGGACAGACCUUCCUGGAAGGAUUCUGCGGGGCCCGAGUGUGAGAGUCACUAAGUUUGUCUCCCGUCUCCUUGGUGGUGGGUGACAUGGGGAGGGGCCUGUCUACCUCCUCCACUUUCCCAAGUGGCUGUGCUCAGCUCUUCCGGGUGCUGGCAGACUGCCUCUCCUGGUGAUCCCCAGGCCUUCCUGGACUCCACCCCGGCCUGGCUAGCAAGAAACGCCACAGAGGAGCCCCUUGGAACUGAUCAGGGACAAUCUAUUGACUUCAUUAAAUUAUGGAUCCUGA